AUGGCUUGGGACACAUUGUGCAAGCCAAAGGGAGUGGGCGGCCUCAGAUUCAGAGACCUUAGGCUUUUCAGUAUUAUGCUUCUAGGGAGACAAGAUGGAGAUGUGUUUCAUCCUAAAACGGUCGAUAAGCCUUCCUUCGCUUGGACGAGUAUCUCGACUGCAGCUAAAGCCCUCAAAGCAGGAUUCGAUUGGCAAAUUAGGGACGGUAGGAGAAUGACAGUUUGGUUGAAAAUCUGGGGUUUUGAAGGUCUUGAUGGUAAUACUUUAAGUGAUCCUAGUGUUGACAUUCAGGAAAGGGUGGUGUAA